AUGCCAUCAUACAAACUUACUUAUUUCAAUGGACGUGGACGUGCUGAAGUAUCACGAUUGAUAUUUGCGGUUGCCGGUGAAAAAUUUGAAGAUGUUCGUUAUGAAAUGGAUCAGUGGCCAGCACACAAAGCUGAGAUGCCAUUAGGUCAAAUACCUGUUCUUGAAGUCGAUGGUGUUAAACUACCACAAUCAGCAGCAAUUGCAAGAUUUCUUGCAAAACAAUUUCAUUUAGCUGGCAAAGACAAUUUCGAACAAGCAAAAGUUGAUGCUGUUGUUGAUACAAUUGACGAUUCAUUCAAGGGAUUUGUACCAACUCGUUUUGAAAAAGAUGAAGCUAAAAAAGAAGAAUUAACAAAGAAAUACUUUGGUGAAGAAUUACCAAAACAUUUACAAAAUCUUGAGACUCUUGGUAAACUAUAUGGUAAUGGUGGUCAUUUCUUUGUUGGUAAUCAAUUAACAUGGGCAGAUUUACUCUUCUAUACUUUCGCACAAGCAUGGAUUGGAGUAGAAGCUGAUUGUUUGAAUAAUUUUUCAUGGUUAAAAAAAAAUCGUGCUGAAGUUGAAAAACAACCGAAAAUUGCAGAAUAUCUUAAGAAUCGACCCCAGACACAGUUUUAA